GGAGCAUGGAUGAAGCUUUAGAGAGAAUGACUAGGUUCUCCCUUUACAUUAUAUGUCGAACUGCAUUGUGAUCGACAGAGUCUCUGUUAUCCUGUCUGAUAUUUAACUUAUGUGUCAUUACACUUUUCUUUGUUUAAACUGCUAUCUAUUUAUUUGGUUUGAAUGGGCGUUUCUGUGGUUGUCAAUCACUGGUAAUACUAUCUAGUGUUUUAGAUGACUGAUAUCAAAGUUUAUUAAGAGCUUCUUUCUGUUGCAGGUGCAGUUGUAUAUCAGUUUUUCAUGCUUUUACCCCCCCUCCCCAUUGUGCCAUAUUAGGGAUCAAAAGAAAGUCACAGGUGGUUGAUGGGUACAAGUCUGUCGAGAGGAUAUAUCUCUGAUAUGCUGUCGUUCUGCCCUAAAGAAAGUGUGCCUGGUCACUCUCACCCCUUUGCCCCGUCUAUCAGAAUGCAGUGGCCAAUCCUAACACACGUGGGGCGGGGCUCAGAGGGCACCGGCUCAUAGAAAGGCAUUGACUCGUGAAUAAAACACUUCUAACCUCUACAUGUUCAUCUAGGAGGGCACCAGAAGCCAACAGACACAAUAAAGGAUGCAGACAGCAGCCUGGUUUUAAAUCUCUGUACAAAGAAAGCAGCGCUGUGGACCCAAGCUUUGCGGCCUUCCUCCACGACAAGCUCCAGACUCUGGAAUGGCCUCCCAGGGGCUUUGGUGCCCAGAUCAUCUGUGAAGUGUGUGGAACGUCCCUUCACUACCUCAGGCGCCUGGCACUCCAUUCUGCUUUAGGGCUGGUAUUAGAUGACAUGCCUGACCUGCAUCCCGGUCCCCUUUCUGGCCUGCUGCCACCACGUGCGGCAUCCCACAGUGCCAUCUCGUCCCAUACUUCCUGGCAGUGGCCCACACAGGGUUCUCUACCUUCAAGCAGUCAACACCUGUGUGGUCCACUACAUGGGGAGAAGCAGCAGAAACAAGGCUGGAAUCAAGACGGAGCAUCUAGGGUGGGUGGCAAACGCACCUGUUUGGCCACUGUCACUCCUCUUCCUGUCCAUCCACAGCACUACCUGGAGGGAGUAUGGCGUGUGACGAGAGCUUCAGAUCAUAUUCGCUCAUUGGGUCAUGCUGCAGAGAAGGAGAGUUUGGCAACGGAAGCCUCCAGGUCCAACCAGGCCAGUUCUGCAUCUUCGGUUUCUUCAUCGGGACGCAAACCGUCCCACCAGGACCAACCAGCCAUUCCCCCUGCACCCCAAACCAGUUCAGCCACCUCAUUCCUUCUCAGGGCUGCCCAGAAGCUGAAUCUCUCCAAACGGAAGAAGCCUCAACCUCUGCCAUCCUCUCCACCUGACCCAGAAGAGCCAUUCUUCUACACUGAUGGCUUCAGUGCUGCCCUGCAGCUUUCGCCCCCACCUGUACCCCCAUGUCUCCUCAGGGCAGGGUCAAAAGUCAAGGACAGCCCCGGGAUGGGAAAGGUUAAAGUAAUGGUGCGGAUAUGCCCUGCCAAAGGAUCUCGAGACACCUCAGAAUCCAUGUCCUUUCUGAAGGUAGACGCCCAUAAGAAGCAGCUGACCUUCUGUGAGCCGCCCGCUAGCUCACGCUCCGCUGCUGCCACCGCGCCAAAGAUGUUUAGCUUUGACGCUGUCUUCAUGCAGGAUGCUUCACAGGCAGAGGUGUGCUCAGGGAUAGUUGCAGAGGUUAUCCAGUCUGUGGUCAAUGGCGCAGAUGGCUGCAUCUUCUGCUUUGGGCAAGCCAACCUGGGCAAAACCUUUACUAUGAUCGGUAGAGACGGUUCUACGCAGAGCUUGGGUGUGGCCCCGUGUGCCAUCUCUUGGCUUUUCAAACUCAUCGAGGAAAGAAAAGAGAAGGCCGGUACACGAUUCUCUGUCAGAGUGUCUGCUGUGGAAAUCUGUGGCAGAGAGGAAGUGUUGAGGGACCUGUUGGCUGACUUCUCCGCGGGGAUGUCCCAGGACAGCCAGGGUGCAGGAGUUUCCCUACGAGAGGAUCCGGUCUGUGGAUCCCAGCUGCAGAAUCAAAGUGAAUUGCGGGCGUACUCUGCAGAACGGGCGGCGUUUCUACUGGACACGGCUCUAGCAGCACGUAGCACAAACAGAUCUGACUGUCGGCAAGAAGACCGGCGAAAUUCUCACAUGCUCUUCACCCUGCACGUUUCUCAGUAUCGGAUGGAGAAAAGCAGCAAAACUGGAAUGUCUGGGUGCCGGAGUCGUCUUCACCUUCUGGACUUGGGCAGUUGUGAGUCUGAUCUGAAUCAAACGCGAGAUGGAGGGAGAGGCCAAUGUCUGUCAUUGGGAGCCCUCGGAAAUGUCAUCUUAGCCUUGGCCAAUGGAGCUAAACAUGUGCCGUACAGAGACAGCAAGCUUACUAUGCUACUGAUGGAAUCGCUGGGCAACAUCAACUGCAGAACCACCAUAAUCGCCCACAUCUCUGACUCGCCAGCCAAUUAUGCUGAAUCUCUCACCACUGUGCAGCUUGCCUCACGUAUUCAUCGCAUUAGGAAGAAGAAAUCGAAGUAUGCAUCCAGCUCCUCUGGAGGGGAGAGCUCCUGUGAAGAAGGACAGAUCAGACGUAGACCCUUCCACCCUCGGACAAUAGCCCUCGACCCAGAUCAUCCUACGCUGUUGUCCAGUGACCCGGAUUACUCCUCCAGCAGUGAGCAUUCAUGCGAUACAGUGAUCUAUGUGGGGCCUGGCGGGGCCCAUAUCUCUGACCGUGAACUUAGCGACAAUGAAGGCCCCCCUGCAUUUGUUCCUAUCAUUCCCUCUCUGAACAAGAAGCGUGUAAAAGAGGGACCCAAGUCUGAUGGGGACCAUCUUAAAUGCAACACCUUUGCGGAGUUACAAGAACGGCUUGAUUGUAUUGACGGUAGUGAGAGCUCAUAUGUUUGCACCAGUGAGGGUAAAGGUCAACAGGCUGCCUCCACAAGCGGAGGAGACAAAGUGUCAGAAGGGACUUCUGUAUCCACCAGAACAGCCAAGUCCUCUAUUCAAAAACCUGGACACAUGCAACCUGUGACAUCUGAUGCCAACAAGACUUUAAAACAAGAAUCUGAACCUGUUGUAAGAGAGAAGGUUCACUUUAGUAAAGAGGCUUUAUCAAAAUCCUCCAAGCAAAACAUUUCGAGGCCAAAUACUGAAUGUGUCUUAGCCACACGCACACCUCCAGUUGGUAUGAGCCAGCAAGCCCUAAGACAAGGAGAACAAAGUCUAUCCCCAGUUUUUGACAGAGCUCAUCACUCUAGUAGAAGUCCUAUGGAGAUAAGCCACUUACGUUCUGCUCUGAGGAACAGGUGCUAUGAUAGAGAUGUUUUAAGGACUAUGGUCACACUGCAGCAACCGGUAGAGCUAAACGGGGAGGACGAGCUGGUGUUUACUGUUGUUGAGGAGAUGCCUGUUGGUCUGGUUCCAGACAAUGGCCGACCUUCUAGUAUCAUCAGCUUUAACAGCGACUGCUCUUUGCAGGCCAUGGCUUCUGCCUCACGACCUGUUAGCAUUAUCAGCAGCAUUAAUGAUGAGUUUGAUGCCUAUACAUCUCAAAUGAGCAGGUCCCAGUUGAACCAAGCUACUGGUUCAAAGUCCCAAGAAUGUACAGCUGGGCACACCACUACACAAUCUUCCAUGAGCUCACUGAACACACUUCUUUCUGAAAGAGGAGCAAAAGGUUUGCGCAUGGGACAACACAGCGGCUCUUUGAUGAAUUUACCUGGCACAUGUCCUUCCCUGCAAAGAACAAAUAGUUCAAUGGGUGACAGUGGAAUUUGUUUUUCAGAACUGGACUAUGAUUCUGACAAAUUGCCUAAGUGCCCUCAAACUCCUGACAGUACCAAAGCAUCCCUUAGUGGUACAAAGUCAAUAAGAUCUAAUCGACCCAUAACUUCACAGUCUACCCAAAACCCAUAUAUUUCUCACUCUACACUACCUAGAAAGAACACACAAAUGUCACCCUCUAGUAGUAGCUAUGGACAUGAGCUUCAACACCAAGACAGUAGAACAGAUGAACAACGAAGCCACCACACCAGUGGAAUACAUUUGACCAGAAAUGCGGAUGUUAGCUCUACUAGCAAACCACCUAAAAAUGGCGCAAGUGGAAUUCCAUCUAGAAAGACAAGUGGGAAUAGCAACAGUGUACCUCGGCCACCCAAAAUGCAUGUGCCAUCCACAUCUCAAAGGGUUGUAGAUGGUUGUGAAAAAUCCAGUAAGCUGAGUAAGUUGCCUCAGCUCAAACGGGGUGCCACCACUCUUGGCAUGGUCUCAGUGCCCCAGAGCUCUUCUGAGAUGAAACUGGGUAACGUUGCCUCACAAUCAAGUGGCAGCUUGAAAUUCUCAUCUCUAGGAAAGAGAGUUAAUGGACAGAAGGGUAGUAUGCUUCCUAAAUCUGGAAGCAUGUCACCCCCUGCUCCACCUGUCCGAAAGUCUAGCCUGGACCAGAGAACACGUGUUUUGUUGUCUCCUAGUGCCUUAAAGUCUGUGGGUAAUGAUGGAAUAAAACCAUCGUCCUCCAAAGCGUCAGUUUCCGAGGAGGACUUUGAGCUUCGAGGUAGGGGGGGAUCCUUUAGCUUUAAGUCAUCCAGCCUGAGGACAGCUUCUAGUCUCCGAUCACAUAGUGGUAAAGGAGACCACGGAAGACAUUUUGGUAGUCUUAUGUCCCUUGAAAGGUGUGACAGUUUAACCUCAAUGGGUUCUAAACAAGGAACAUCAAGAGAGAACAGUAAUGUCAGUAUUAGCAGCACUGGCAAAUCUGGUAAAUCCAUGCCAAAACCUCCCACUCCAAGUUCUGUAUCUACGCCAACUGCCACUUCCCCUCCAUCCACCAUUGGAAUUUCUAGACUUGGACAGAUAAAAGCAAGUAUAACUCCUAAGGCAAAUGUUGGGAAUGGGAACAAAGCAAAGACCUUGUCAAAUAAUGGUUCAAAGUCUCUUAGCUCCUCAACCAAGUUUCUUGCUGCCUCAACUACGCGAAACCCCAGUCUACCUCCAACUGGAAAACCCCCAACCCGCUCAGUCACAGGCUCCAAUGGUAAAGCAGGGAGGGGAACUAUUAUGGGCACAAAGCAAGCAAUUCGUGCAGCCAACAGUCGGGUGAGUGAAUUAGCCAUUGGAAGCUCCAAGAAACACCUCAGGGGUUCUGACCCAGCAGAUGGCAACAAUGAUAGUAGAUCAUCCUCCAGUGAGACACCACUGACUGCUCCUCUGCCCUCACCAUACAGCAAGAUCACUGCCCCUCGGCGCCCACAACGCUACAGUAGCGGCCAUGGCAGUGACAACAGCAGUGUAUUAAGUGGUGAGCUACCCCCGGCCAUGGGGCGCACGGCACUUUUUUAUCACAGCGGAGGCAGCAGUGGCUAUGAAAGCAUGAUCAGGGACAGUGAAACCACAGGCAGUGCAUCAUCUGCCCAUGAUUCCAUGAGUGAGAGUGGAGUGUCCACGUCCAGCCGAACAAAGGCCUCAAAAUCCCCCAAAAAGAGAUCCAAUGGCCUGCAGCGACGCCGUCUGAUUCCUGCUCCCCUGCCAGACACCUCUUCCCUGGGCAGGAAGGUUGGUGCAGCAGGCCAGUGGGUGGAUCGACCCCCGCUGGGGGGUACUAUGAAGGAGCCCUUUGAGAUCAAAGUGUAUGAGAUAGACGAUGUGGAACACCUUCAGAGACGCAAAGAAGGGAUAGCAGAGGGACUGCAGUACUUCAACGUCCGUCUUAGGAUGCUGGAGAAGAGACAGCAUCAGAUCAGGGAGAUACGGGCCAAGCACGAGAAGCUGAAAAAUGAGCUGGAGGAUGCCAAGAACCGUCUCAUGCUGGACCCUAACAAGUGGGUUGGAGAAUUUGAUGUGGACCCAGAUCUAGACCAGGAGUCCCAGGAAUACCUGGAGGCUCUUGCACAGGCCACAGGAGAGUUGGAGUUUUGUGUCAACCUAUGCAAAUCUCGUGUGAUGAUGGAGACCUGCUUCGACAUCGUAGUGCCAACGAUCCCAGGACUGAUCGCACAACAGGAGAUGGAGGUCUGAGAGGGGUGGGUUAUUAUGACAGAUGGGGGUGUUCUGUUGGACAAGCUUAUAUGAAAGAACAAUAAGACUUUUAAAAUGUUCAAUUGUUUAAUGUCUUGAUGUCUCGUUUGAUGGCACGAACAUGUGUUGCGAGUUUGAGACUGGCUCAUUUUGACCAGUAAGCCGGGUCAAAAACUCACAGAAAUCCUGAUAAAAGGGAUAAAAUAUGUGUUAAAUGCAACAGGAAGUGCCUUAAACCAAUGAAUCCCAAGAUGUAUCUUUGUUUUCCGAAUGGUGCUAGUAUUAAAACCAACUUUCCCAAAUACACUCUGUUAUCAUAUUUCCUUUGAGAAACAAAGUAUUUUGCAUUGUAAUGCAGUGUAUAGUGUAUUUAUAUCAGCUAAAAGUGUGUAAAAAAUAUAGUUUUAAUUAUUAAAGGAAAAAAGUUAAGAAAAAAUAUCAAAUCUCUCAAUGUCUCAGACUAUUGCAUUUUAAAAUCGCUAAAUAACGAGAACUGUUUGACUUCAAAAGGUGUUGUUCAGCAUCACACUUAAACUUGGAUCUUUCCCUUCUCAAACCAAGCAUGCCCCUGGUCGAUUUGUUGUUAAACUGUUGUCUAUCUUGUUUAGUUACAGUCGUUCCUCUGCACAAUGACAGGUCUUUAGAAAGGCCCUUGGAUGCAGAUCAAUGUUGACUUGUGCAGCUGGUGGCAGAUCAUAAAGCUUCAAACACUUCUCAGGAUAUCUGACUGAAGUGUGUCUACCAGUGAGUUUCAGUGUGUGCGUGAGUGUCUGUGCGUGUCUAUCUAAAUGUAUUUUGAUGAUGUGGAUGCACGUGUCUGUUCUUUUUUGAUCAUGCAAUGUCCAGCAUUAAGCUGGUUUCUUUUAAUGUGGGAAGACAAAUCCACUAUACUGUAUCUACCUGAACUCCAAAAGAUUAUGCCUUCAGUGAACUUCAAAAUGUUCAGAUAUACAAACGGCUAUCACCUGUUAACAGCUUCACAACAGGACCUUCUCCUACAUUGUCAAGAGAUUUAUCUUUGUAUGAUGUUUAAUGAUUUUGGUCAUGUUAAUCCUUAAAGUGUAUUUUUUAAGAGAAACUUGAAACAAAAAAGAAAGAAAGCGAAGAGUCGUUUUGUAUUUGAUUGCUUUUCUUUAUUUAAAAAAGAAGCAUUAAAAAGACUCAGGCUUUUUUUCAAGUUGCUGCAUGAGAUUUUAAUGUGUCCUUUGUAAAAUUAAUUUAAUUUUCUCUUUGUUUUAUAUCCCGGUCUGCGAUUUCUAUGAAUAAUUUGCAUUUAACAGAUUUGCCAAGCGUUUUUGACUUUCACAAUUUUCUGGGUGUUCCUGCUUUGUAUUGUACAGUUUUUUAAUCCUUUUUAAAAACCAUGUAAAGAUUUUUGAGUUUGCAUUAACAUGAGUUUAUGAAUAAAAAGA